GACACAAGAUUAUUACUCUGUGUGAAAUGCUUAAUAAACUUAAAACAAAAUCCGGUAUACAAUAAAAUAAACUAUAUUAAUACAGUUUAACACUCUUAAGGACGAUAGGAUUUAUAUUUCUUAUGGUUUUACUCUCCAACCUCAAUAAAAAUGGUGAAACUAACAACAGAACUCAUUCAAAAUUCAAUGCAAUAUAUGAAUCCAUGCCGAGAUCGUGAGCUGGAUCUUAGAGGAUAUAAAAUUCCGCAAAUAGAAAAUUUAGGAGCUACUUUGGAUCAGUUUGAUACAAUUGAUUUCUCCGAUAACGAUGUUCGAAAACUUGAUGGAUUUCCACUGCUAAAAAGAUUAAAAUGUUUAUUUUUUAAUAAUAACCGUAUUGUGAGAAUAGGUGAAAAUCUGGAACAAUAUCUGCCGAAUUUAGAGUCUUUAAUUUUAACAAAUAACAAUAUUGGUGAAUUAGGGGACUUGGACCCUUUGGCAACACUACCUAAACUAAAAACUCUAUCACUAAUGCACAACCCUGUGGCCAACAAACAGCACUACAGAGCCUAUGUAGCAUUUAAAUUUCCAGAGCUGAGAUUGCUAGAUUUCAGAAAGAUUAAGCAAAAAGAAAGGGAUGAGGCAAAUACUUUGUUCAAGAGUAAAAAAGGCAAAGAAAUGCAAAAAGAGAUUUCAAGAAAAGCAAAAACAUUUGUACCUGGAGGAAAUAUGCCUGAUCCUAAAGUUACCAAUUUGAAUCCUCAAGAAAUCCACAAGAUCAGGGAGGCAAUCAAAAAUGCUUCAUCCUUGCAAGAGGUUGAGAGGUUAACAAGAAUGUUGCAAUCAGGUCAAAUUCCCGGACAGAAGCCAUUACAACCUGCAACACAGACCAAUGGUCAACAAAAUGAGGAUGAAGAAAUGGAGGCUGAACAGACUGGAAAUUGAUAAUAGCUCUAAGAACAGAUAUUACAAUAAGGUUGUUA